AGAUGCAAAAACUAGCCAUCUUGGCAUUAGUAUUCGCAAUAACAGCUUCUAAGUUCGUUGACACUCAUACAUCUUUGGCUUAAAUAAAUGCUGACCCAUUCGGACAUGUGGUGUUAUCUGCAAUAAAGGCACAUCUUUAAGCCUAAACUCCAGCUAAUGAAGUUAACAUGUUGUUGAAUGCUGUAGGUGCUGGUAUUGUUUAAGACUAAAAUGAUCAUGAUCAUGCUUUCGAGUUAGAUACAACAACUAACAAUAGAGUAAGGGCUUGUAUAAUUUUCAGAUAGUUGAAGACUUAGAGAAGGAGAUUUUGUAUCACUAGAAUUAAAUAGCAGCUAAUACAUAAUUAAGAGAUGACACAAUUGAAGCUCUUGCUGUUUCUGAAGAAGACAUCAGAGUGACUAUUUAAGAUAUCGCAAAUAAUGAAGCUACCUAUGCUAGAGAAGAAGCAACAAGAAAUCAACAACAUGAAACCUUCGUUGCUAAAAUUGCAGCUAUUGAUGAUGUGAUUGAUGCCAUUGAUGAUGCAGCCAAACUCAUCUAACAUUUAAGUUUAGGUGCCUCAUUUGCUUAAAUUAAAACCAAAUUCGAUUCACUCCAUAAAAAGCUAUCUGACAACACAUCACAUUCUGCUCUCUUACAAGUUUUAUUUUAUAAUAAUAUUUAAGCCAGUCAUUACAGCUUUGACAGAGCUUGCUACUCAUGGAGUCAACUAAAAGGCUUUGACUAAAAUUGCCCAACUUUUGAGCGAAAUCAGAUAAUAAUUAGUCUAAGAAAAAGCUGCUAAGACAGUAUUAUUAAUUAUCAACAAUUUAGGAUGUUGAAGAAAGACAAGCUGCUCAUUGGGCUGAAUUUUCAGUUCAUUUGGCAAAUGAACAUACUAGAUUAGUUGAAAGAAAGGCAUAAUUAGAGGUGUAAAUUCAAGAACAAAAAGAUACUAUUGAAGAUGCUAUUUCAUGGAUAGAAUUCCACACCUUGGAAUUGGAAAAUAGUGAAGAGAGACUUGCUGGAUAAUAAGCAUGGUUUGCUGUAUAAUCCUAAAUAUAUGAAACUUAAACUAGUGAAAGGUAUUAAUAUAUUCUAUAAAAUAGAACUGCUUAAUAGGAAAUUGUUGACAGACUCUAAGAACAUAUUAGUGAAAAAUUAUCAACCACAGCUUAAUUUAUUGCAAGCAGAAACUGAUUU